AUGCCUGGUACAUUAUGUAAUUUACUUGAAGAACAACUCUUCAUAUCCUGGGCAUUUUGCGGAGUUUCAUCAUUGCCUGUAUUCGGCACAUUAAACAAUGAUGUAUGGGUUAUCAUAGUUGAGGAAUCGCUUGUAUACCUGCUUGUCUUCAGUCGAUGGCUGCUUCCACGUGGUGAAGUCUCGCGAGAUUUCCUAGCCGAUUUAUUGCUAGAGUUCCUGGCUAUUGCAUCUGACAUAAUGGAAUUGCUGGCAGUUUUCGACGAAGAAGAUGUUCGAAGUAAUUUGAAGCUUACCUACGUUAUAUUGGCUGUUUGGUCAGCGAGUUUCAUUCAGUUCAUUCCUAUAUUUAUGCAGAAGAAACGAUUUCGUAGGGCACGUUCCCCGAAUGUUGAGUUCCUAACAAGGCAUUGUGGGGACAAGUUCAUUGAGAUUGUGGUAACAUGUAUGAGUAUCUUCCUACAAGAUUUACCUUUCCUUGUAGUGAGGCUAUACAUCAUUAUAGAGGUGAACCUGAUUACAUACAGUCUGAUAUUCUUCUUGUUGAAGAACAUUGUAACUUUGAUGUUAUUGUUCUACAG